GUCCAUCUAACUACCGUACUCACCUCCAUUUGCACGGCCAAGUGUAUACUUGGUUGGCAUUUAGGAACUAAAGUGAUUGCACUUUCCUGAUUUUGGCCAAAAAAAAGAUAGCGACCUAAGAAAAGACCAUGAAAGAUACUGACAUCAAGAGACUUCUGUAUACCAAUCUUCUGUGCAUAUUUUCCAUUGUCCUAAGCAUUUUUAUCCCAUCCGUCUUCUUGGAUAACUUCUCGAUAUUGGAAACUCACUUGACCUGGUUGUGUAUUUGUUCUGCUUUUGUGACUGCUGUCAAUCUCGUGCUAUAUUUAGUAGUGAAACCAAAUGUAUCUGCUAGAAGGAGUUCAUUAUCACAUAAGGUCACCAGGGGUUUGAAGUGCUGCAUCUACUUCCUUCUGUCUUGUUUUUUCCUUCAUAUCAUUUUUGUUCUGUAUGGAGCACCGCUAAUAGAGUUGGUGUUGGAAACAUUUUUAUUUGCAGUUAUUCUGUCUACUUUUACUACAGUACCUUGUUUGUGUUUGCUAGGACCAAACCUCAAAGCAUGGCUGAGAGUGUUCAGUAGAAAUGGAGUUACCUCCAUUUGGGAGAACAGUCUUCAGAUCACUACAAUUUCAAGUUUUAUAGGAGCAUGGCUUGGAGCAUUUCCUAUUCCACUGGACUGGGAAAGACCAUGGCAGGUGUGGCCCAUCUCCUGUACACUCGGAGCAACCUUUGGCUAUGUGGCUGGCCUGGUGAGCUCACCACUCUGGAUAUACUGGAAUAGAAAGCAACUCACAUACAAGAGCAGUUAAGAGGAGGAAGGGGAGAAGCUGUUUCUUGGUGCAGAUUCCAUAAGGGCUGUGCAGAGGUGGAUGGUCAAAGCCAAGCGGUUCCAUUUACAGCACUGUUGUUUGUCAAUGUUGUCUCAACGUGAUGUGAUUGUAGCUUUUAACUAUGAAACCCCUGAGAGAUUGUACCUUCUAGUUGAAAUAAAGUAUUUAUAGUAGACUGUG